GAAAUUGGUACUGUAUUUGUUGAUUUCGCCGAAUUCUUGUACUUUCUCCGUUUUUUGGAUCGGCACCGAAUUGUUGUACUUGUUACGCUUGACGUCGUCUUUGAACGAGAGGCAGGCUUUGUUGUACUUCGGUUCCGUAAUUUACUGAAUUUUUGUACCUGUUAAGUCCAAAUAGUUUCCCUAACUCAUCAUGACGGCACUGUUGCUUCGGCGGUCGACAUCUUUAAAGGAGAUGGGAGAUCAGUUGGUGCUUCAACGCAUUCCGUUCGUGCUACAAUCAGAGAGGAGGUGUGAGAAGAGGUUUCGUGCGCUUAGUAUGGUUUUAAGCUUCCAAGAUGCUUUGGCAUCUACUUGCCCGCACUUUGUCGAAGUUUUACGGGUGCGGCGCAUUAGGAUUGGGAAUGAAUUUGGAGCAGUGUACUACCUAAGGAGUUCAAAUGAUACAGUUGUACGGGUUGGAGAGUCAGCGUCACAAAGCACGCAUAAGUUACGAUACAUCGCUGAUGUGCCUUUCAUAAAGAAAUAUUUAGCUUUGUUUGAGCUUGGUGAACAGUUUGAGUGGGAAAAAGCUAGGGACUUUGAAGAUUGGUUGAGUUCGAUUGUCAAUGCAAGGCCAAGGUUCAUUCAGCCUUUUUACCGUUCGUCCAAUGCUUUACCUGUUCUUCCUACUCCCCCCCGCGAUCAUCACUGCUGUUGGUUUGUGGAAGUUGUCCAAAUCAGAGAGAAUAUGACAGUGACUAUACCGGAAGAGUUUGUUCCGUAUAUCUUUGCAGCACCAGAUGCUGUAGUGAUAAUCCAUAGUGGUGCUCGGUACUUCCAUGUGAAACUGAAGAAUGAUGAAUUGACUGUAGGUUGGGAUCAUGUUGCUCUUAGCCACAAUCUUGGAAGGAAUUAUAUCCUUAUGUUUGGGUUAGUUGGACACCUGCAAUUCGACCUAUUUGUGUUUGAUGAAGAAGGGUGUGAGAUUAGCUAUGAUUGGUCUACUACUCUACCAAUUCAUCAAACAAACGCUCCGAUAGGAUGGGAUGCAGAGUUGGCCAUGUCUAAUGCUAAUGCUUGAACUGCCUCCGCGAUUCCAGCUAUUUUGCCAAACUCAUGGCUAUGAAUAUUUUAGAUUGGUGUCGAGAGGAAGAAGUUGGUUUGUGCGGUAUGUGGCUGGGCACUUUGUUGGCUAUGGUUGGAAAUUAUUUGUUGGCGAACACAAACUUGAGAGCUCUGACAUGUUGGUGCUGAGUCCCGAUAUCAACCUCCAAUUGCAUACCAUGGUUUUCAGUGUGAAUGAUUGCGAGCGUAUCUAUUGGUGGUACUAAUGUUAAUCUCGACCACCCGCCCUGUUGUGUCCAGUGACUUGUACCUAGAUUUCAGCAGGCCAGUUCAGUGGAAUUCUAGGAAUAAUUAUGUAGGAAAGAUGAGCUUGUGCUCUGGUUUAUCUUCAUUUUGUAGAGUUUCUUACAAUGACAAUGGCUCACAUCUUUUUGAAAAAGCCAUUUUUGUAUUGACAUCUGCGAUUGUAAAGUGUGCCAAGAACACACUGACUUUGUAAAUAGUAAUGAAGUUGUAUCCUGUUGUGUU